GCCUCUCCCGUUUCCAGGCAGACCGCUUCCAGCGCCCGUACGGUUCGGACGCGUGCGCUCCUCCGCGAAAAUUCACACCUGUGGCGCUCGGCGCUGCAGAACAGGACAAAUAUAGUGCGUAAUCGUCUAUCCUUUUUCGAUUCCUGCGUUCGAUUUUGUUUUCAACAAACAUUUUCGAAGUGUAUUUGGAUUACAGUGAUGUUUUUCAGUGUUAAACAAAUCGCCCAAAGCACAAGUUGUAUCAAGAAAUGACUACUAGUGUUUAGUGAUUAGUGUCUAUUUAGUGACUAUUGACAUUUAGUGACUAGUGAUGUGCUAAAGUGGCAUAGUGACGCGAUGAGGUGAUUGCAACUGUUGUCGAUAAACUAUGUGCUGUGAAAUUAGGGUAGAUAAGUAUAAUGUUUUGUGCCAAAAUGAGGAAUCUUGUUGCUGUUUUUUGUGUCCUCUCGUACGCAUCCUGCUUCCAACAACAGUACUUCCGAGUGCUUCCGCGCAGCCUGCGCGUACAGGAAGGCUCCGAAGCUGUGAUGGAAUGUGCAGUGUCCAACUUAGCUGGACAGGUGCAGUGGACUAAGGAUGGAUUCGCUUUGGGCUUCUCUUCCGUAAUACCCGGCUAUCCUCGCUACACGAUGUUCGGAGAACGUCGUCAAGGCGUUUACAAUCUUCGAAUUGUGAACGUGACGUUAGAAGACGAUGCUGAAUACCAAUGUCAGGUUGGGCCGGCCCAAAUGCACAAGGUCAUCAGGGCGAAUGCUUCGCUGACCGUAAUAUCACCCCCAACGUCAUUGGAGAUAGUGAACCACCCACACAACUCAAAGCUGGAGGUUAAAGAGGGGGAGGAAGUCACCCUCGAGUGUCAAGCCAAGAACGCCAAACCUGCUGCUAAAAUCAUCUGGUACAGAGGGAAUGUCGAGCUCAAAGGUGAUAAAGUGUCCAAAGAAGAAGUUAAAGAAGUGGAAAGUGCUAACGGGAACCCGAAAUCGACGAGAUACACUACAGUGUCAAGGCUCCACUUUAAGGCGUCCUCAGAGGACGAUUAUGCUGACUUCACCUGUGAAGCAAGACAUGAGGCCUUGCAAAGGGAUACGCCCAUGAGGAGUACUGUACAACUAAGUGUUUUAUACCCACCAGGUGCCCCCUACAUAGAAGGUUAUGCGGAAGGCGAGACCGUCCGCCGAGGCCAGAGCCUGGAACUGGUCUGCCGGAGCCGUGGUGGGAACCCUCCAGCACAGCUGGUGUGGUAUAAAAAUGGGGAGCAGAUUCGUAUGGCGUACAGAACCAGCGGCCGCAUGUCAGAGAACGUCCUGUCCUUCAAAGCAGAUGCAUCUGACAAUAAGGCGAGAUAUACAUGCGAAGCUAAAAAUAUUAUGAUUAGCAACACACUUAAAGCCGAAAUCGACCUUACAGUGCUUUUUUCCCCAUCUCACGUGACGAUAUCGGGUCCAUCGGAAGCUCGCGUGGGGGAUCCAGUGCCCCUCAGUUGCAGCACGGCACCUUCUAACCCUGCCGCUGACGUCAAAUGGCUGGUAUUGGGGAAACAUCAUAAAGAGGCUAGCAAUCGUACGGUUAUUUCUCCUGAAGGUGGCUGGAUAACAACAUCGAACAUCACCGUGGUUGUGGAGCCAAACCGUCGGUCUAUCGUGGUAGUUUGUCAUGGUAUCAACACGCAGCUCACUGAGAAUGUGGUUGCUACGCAUACAAUCAACGUGUUGUACCCCCCAUCAGCGCCUAUGAUCACUGGCUACAUCCCCGGUACAACACUCGCAGCAGGAACUGUACAGAAACUAUCAUGUAUCUCCACUGGGGGUAACCCAUUGGCCACGUUAACUUGGUUCAAGAACGACAAGAAGAUUCACUCAAUAACGAAAACGACGGAUAAAUCCGUGUCAGCAGAGAUAUCAAUUCUGACUAACGUAACUGACAAUCUGGCGCAGUACCGUUGUGAGGCCACUAAUAGUGCGACGGAAAUCCCGCUAUUUGAAACCGUCACGCUCAAUGUGCACUUUGCGCCAGAGACCGUGAAAGUUCGUGUAGAACCAGAUGAGUUGAAGCCAGAUGUGGAAGCUACGUUGUUCUGCGAUGCUGCUUCCAGCAAUCCACCCGCCACGCUUUCUUGGUGGCGAGAUGGUAUUCCUGUUCAAGGUUUACCAAUGAAGCUAAAGAAAGGUCUACACGGUGGAACAGUGUCAACGAUACAGCUCAAACUAAAUAUCACCAAGGAUAUGAAUGGAGCCGUAUAUACUUGUCAGGCUAUGAACGAAGCUUUGCAGAGAAGCGUGCAUGAUGCACUUGCGCUUAAAGUUCUUUUUGCGCCAAUAUUCUCGGAAGCAAAUUCGGAUACGACAGUGGGUGUUAAAAACGAGGCUUUGAUUAUAACGUUAAGUGCGAACGCCAAUCCUGCCAGUAUUACUUAUACAUGGACCAAGGAUGGUCUUCCUAUUACACAAGCUUCUUACAGUGGUCCCUCUGAUAGAAUAAUCUACGAAGGCAACAUGUUGAACAUGACGCGUUUGUCACGACACGAUGCAGGAGUUUAUACGUGCGAAGCUGUCAACUCCCAAGGCGCUGCGACUUUUAAUGUCACCGUUUCUGUUCACUAUCCCGCUGGUAUCAAGUCAAUAUCUCAGAAUGGGCUAACGAACCCAAAUGAAGACACUAUCCUGUCGUGCAUGGCAACUGGUAAUCCACUAACAGCAGAACAUAUAAGAUGGGAACGUAAAAACUACAACAUGCACUCUCGUACAAUAACUUUCGAACCCCGAAAUCUUACAAGCUAUCUUCACAUAGAAAAAGCGACCAGGGAGGAUGUAGGCAAUUUCCAAUGCAUUGUUGACAAUGGUAUUGGCGGAGAAACUCGACAAGAUAUCAUGUUGUUGGUGAAAUUCAAACCGGAAAUUGAUAAUUCACCGACAUUGGCGAAGUCUGCUUCUAACACUGGACAAGUUGGAAAAUUGACUUGCAAAUGCAAAGCAGUUCCAGCACCAAACUUCACCUGGUCUAAAAACGGAGCAAAGCUUCCUGUGAACACAUCAACAAAAUACUUCGCAGAAUUCCAUAAAGUUGAUCCGAUUACUUACAUGUCCGUGCUGUUAGUGAACGACGUGUCUUCGUCUGAUUACGGCAAUUACGAAUGUGGCGUUAGAAAUGACUUGGGAUUUAGCACUACAUCUGUUAAGUUGGAUAUUACUAGUGCACCAGAUCAAGUAAUAUCAAUGACUGUAACAAAUGUAACACACAACUCCGUUUCUUUGAAAUGGGAGCCCGGUUUUGAUGGCGGAUUACCUUCGUGGUAUAGGAUACGAUAUAGAAAAAUCUACGAUGAUUCAUAUAAAUAUGAAGAUGUUACACCUAAAAACGCUACUACUUACACCGUUAGUGGUUUAGAAAGAAAUACAGACUAUGUUUUCUCUAUUAUGGCAUUGAACAAGAUUGGACAGAGCAAAUAUAGGCCUGAUGAUACGAAAACUACUACACUUACUUCAACGGAAGCAAGUGAAAUUAAUGUAGUAACCACAGAGUAUGUAGAGUCAUCAGAUGUGUCCAAAUCUGUAGUUAUCUACGCGUCUAUCACUGGUGCUAUUUUAGUUCUUGUCAAUGCCGGUUUAGUUGCUUGCUUUGUUUGGAAACGACGUGUUAGGCAUUUGAAAGAACAAGCCGGACAAGCCUCAAAAUCAGCAACCAUAGAAAUGUACGCGCCAUCGUCCUACAAUGACACAAUGACAGGCGAGACCCUAUCAUCAGUGUCAGAGAAAUCUGAAACCUAUUCUCAAGACGACAACGACGAUAGACCACCACCACCGAUACCUGAAGUACCUUUAAUGCCGAAUAGACAUAUGUUAAGUCAGACUGACGCGUACUUAAUGGACGAGCAAGGCUUGGUGAUCCCGCCACCAUUGGACUACCCCCCGCCAAAUUAUGCUGUAUACGAAGGAGACCAUGCGAGGACUUUGCCCCACCCCCAUCGGCAUAAGGAUAUCAGCGGACAUAGUACUUUAGGCAGAAGUGCUGGCAAACAAAACUACGUGCCUGCACCGAGUCCUAUGCCGCCGCUAGACGGAUCUUACUACAACAUGGCUUCAGAUAGAUACUUGUCUUACCCGCCCCUUAUUGGAGAAUAUUUGCAUCAGCAGCAAGGCAGAACACCAACGCCACCCCAGCAGUACGGUGCCCAGCCCCUCCCCAAACCACAUCUCAUGAACGGAGGAGUCCCUGGAGGAUCUCCUUCUCAUAUGGCCAGCCCGCCUCACAAUUACGGAAUGGACGUGUCCUUAGAUAGACAGUCGACUGGUGGUACACUGAGGCGACAGAGGCUCGACAAGAUGGCGGUGCCGCCACCUGACGUCACAGUGCUACAUCAAGGGAAUUGCACGCAGCACCAACAACCCUUAACUUCAGCACCAGUGAAACAACCCCAAUCCAUAUUGAAAGACCCAUCGAGACACAAAUACGGAAACCAAUAUGGCAGCCCAAUAUCCUCCAGUACGCCUCAAAGUAACUCAAGCCAAAUUCUCACAGUACAAAACCUAACAUCCGAUGUUCCGCAGUACGGAACUAUUAGAAAAGAAAACAAAAAACAGAACGUUACCAUAGACGAGUCUUAUAACAAAAGAAGUGAAACCCAUGUAGUUUAAUCACCAUAAAUUAAAGUGUUCGAACAAUGUGAAUUUAAACAAAGUGAAUUAACAAACAAAAGAACACGGUGAAUAUAUAUGAGUGAAGUGUAUAUACGUGGACUAGAUAAAAUUGUAGAUAGAAGUUAAUUCAUUGAAUGUGAUAUGAAAGAACGAACUUUAAAGGGUGUAGUGUGUCCAUGAUUAUAGAUAGACAAGUUUUUUAUGAGAUUGUCCGUGUUAGUCAAGAUGUUCGGAGGUUGUAAUUAAAAAAUAUUGUUCGACUGACUUAUCAUUGUAAUUGUAAAUCUAGGCUAUAAAUACGUCCAAAAAAGACAUAAGGGAAGAAGACAUUUUUUCAUUGUCCAAGUGAAAUCAUUUUUAGACAUAUAUUUAGGUACUAAUUAUUAUUAAAAUUUUGAUUUUUCUUCAAUAACAGUUGCUUAUAUUGAAAAUUAUAAA